CAUAACUGCUUCUUUGAGGGCGAGAUUGCUAGGGAGAGCAGGAGGUUAGUCUUAAACUAGUUAUUGUGCGGAAUAGCCGGGAUAAUUUUGAAGCUCAUUCUGGGCGCAAUAUUGCUAUUUCCAUGUACACGGGGAGUUGAUGCUUGGUGAGAAAUUGGUGGAGUAAUUAGGAGUUUAUUCCUUGAUUAGUUUUGCUUGCGUAGUUGCUGAAAUUUACCCAAACAACUGCGAACUUAUUAUGUGCGCAAUUCUACCAUUUACAGAUAUAUGCAGUCCAUGUUCAGUCCACUUACUGCUGCUUGCUAGCCUUCUUCAUUGGUUGUUCAAUUUGUUCAGAUUUAUUAGUGCAUGUUCGUUUAUAACAGAACAUUCUUUGGACCAGUGGGUUUUCGAUACUCAUUUUACUUGGAAUAUGAAGCUGAAGCAUUGCAUUACACACUGGUCUGUCUUUGUUUACAAUGGAGUUAUGACCUUGCAAUGGCUGCAGAUGAAGUUCCUUCCGUGGGUGGGCAUGAAACUCGGAAAGUUUCUAUUUCUUUUACCCACCUCCUCCAUCAGGUUGUUGCGUACCUGAAACUUCCUGUGCCAGCUUACUAUUUGGUGGAUGUGGGGAAGAAUGCUGUGAAGAUUGUCAUGGAGACUGAUCCAGGUUUGGGUCCUUCUAUGUAUGAGGGUGGUCCUGCUACAACAAUUAGGGAAUCCCGGGAAAAGGCUGCUGAAAAUGUUGUCCGUGCUCUUCGGAUGGAAUUCAGUAUUCAGGUUGAGGACUUCACUUCUAGGAAAAUCAAAAGACUCGAACGCGCUGAGUUUUUGUAUCAGAUGAAGCGUAUUGAGCUAGAAGCAAUUGAAAGAGGGACAGGGCAGGUUCCAGUGAAGUGGCCGGCUGUGCCUGAUCACAAGCGCCGAAAGAAAUAUGUUUGCAUUGAUUACAUGGAUGUUUUGCACACCCUGUCUUUCGAAACCAAAGCGCGUAUUUCUGAAGUUGACACCUUUAAUGUUGGCCCUGGAAAAUUUGUAUCAUGGGUGACAAUUUAUGGAUCUUCAGUUGCUACUGGAGUGGAGUGUUUCUUUAGUGCUGUGCGUGCUGACUUGAAAGCAACUAAGCAAGAUGCAGCUAGGAAGGCUGUUGAUUUCAUACGUACUACAUACAAUCUUGACAUGGUUGAUCUGAACUAUGGAAAUAGGAUUUAUGCUGGCAUAAAAUGUUCUCUGGCUAGAGAGAGCUAUUUAGCAGCCAAAGAACGUGUGCUAGGGAUUCAAGGUGCUCUUCAGUUAGCUCCUUUUUUAGUCGAGGAAAGUUUUGUUACGCCUAAGUCUGCUGUCCAUAGGAUCCCAGCACCUACUCUUCCUCCACCACCACCUCACAAGCCAAGAUCAAGGCCAUCCUUCAGCGCUCGCUAUACUGGCCACCUCUCACCCACACCGGCUGAGUUAGAUAGCUUCUUCAAGCGUAGAAAGUUUGAAUAGUGUGCUGCUGCAUUUCACAUAGAGUGAUAGCUUUGCAUUCUUAGUUUUUAAGUACGCUUAUUUUGUUAAGGUUUAUAGUUAUGGUCUGAUUCCAUUUUGUUGUACUUGUGUGUACAUGUAGUUGGCAAAGACUGGUAUUCUAUCAUUUUGCCAUUUAGUUUUAUAGUUAAAGCUGCUCUAUGUGUACCUGUAAUUGGCAAAACUAGUGUACUGCUUUUGCUUAGUAUAAUGUAUUGCAACCUUUU